AUGGAAUUAACGAAAGAGAAGGACAAGAAGAAUAAGAUAUGCAAGAGGUGUAAAGUGGAUUACAGUCCGUCGUUAAACGACCCUAUUUCGUGCCGAUUUCAUCCUUCUUUCUUCGUUUGUCGUCGUCACGACGACCAGAAAAGGUACUAUGAACUGGGACCUGAUGAUCCUCCCUAUGCUGCCAAAUUCUAUGAUUGUUGUGGAGCAGAGGACCCUGAAGCAUCCGGCUGCACUACUGGUUUCCAUGUUUCUUAUGAUGACGACCAAUGA